CCAUUGUGUAUUGCGUCAAGCCUCAGAAGAUAGAAAAGGGAGCGUGUAUUGACCCGAACUCUCUCCACUUCUUCACAACCUUUGGUGCCAACACACACAUGUCUUCCGUCCAUUUCUCUCUCAUUCUUACCCAAAUCUAUUUCUCUCUCAUUCUUCUCCCUCCACCCAAAUUGUUCUUCUUAAUCAAUAAUCAAUGUUUUACUCAUCGCAACCAGCACCAUGUGUCCUUGUUUCUAGUAUUCUAUCAAGUUCCCAGGUUAUCUGAGUCUCCGGAAUCGAUCCUGUUCCAAACUGCCAUCUCACCAAUUUGUUCGUGGGUAUGCAAAGAGCACCAAGCCUCACUUCCGUGGCCUCUUCUUCUAUGCGUUCAAAGGUUAUAGAUUUGUGGGUUGAUUGGCAACUUUGUCUCUAUAUAAUUCAAGGUCUCAGGCUUCUCAAGAGUGGAUGUCAUUGACACUGCACAUUAGAGCUGUGACAGCGAGGGUAUUGCACAAUCAUUCUUACUGAAAACCAUUGCAGCUGAAAGGUGCCAUUUUUCUUAUGCUGCCUCAUUUUCAGUAUUAUGGAUAAAGAAUGGGUAUUUUUGCACCGGCGUAGUGAUGAAUAUUUGCUUGGCCUACAAGCUUUCAUCUCCCAUGCAGUAGCUGUUGCUGGGAUUGAUGGAAACAUCAAGUGUCCGUGUAAAGUUUGUGGUAAUAGACAUCAGAGAUCAGCUACAGAUGUUGAAGAUCAUCUACAGAUAAGUGGAAUGGAUGAUAUUUAUGCUAAUGGAAUCUGGGACAAGCAUGGUGAAACAGUGCCUAAUGUAACUGAUGAAAUUCACCAUAUGUUUCAGAAUGAGGAUAUGUCCAGCUUGUUGGCUGAUGCCUUUGGGAUGCAUGAUUAUAUGGCUGAACCUGAUGUUGUUGAUGAACAGUCUUCUCCUCCACAAGGGCCAACUCCCUAUGCUGCCAAGUUCUUCAAAAUGGUCGAGGAGGCCCAAACAGAAUUGUAUCCAGGUUGUGGGAAGUCAAAACUAUUAUUUUUGGUGUGUUUGUACCAGGUUAAAACUAUGUUUGGUAUGACUGAUUCAUGCUUGAAUGCAAUGUUGACCCUCAUAAAAUAGUGGUUCCCAAAUGUGGAUUUGCCUGAAUCCUUUUACAAGGUGAAGAAGUUCAUUACUGACUUAGGUUUGAUAUAUGAAAAAACUGAUGCUUGCCCGAACGAUUGUAUGUUGUACUACAAAGAACAUGCCAAUGAUAUGUCCUGCCAUGUCUGUGGAUCUUCUCGUUACAAGAGAGUUGCAGAUUCUGAGAAUCCAAGUCAUUCUCGAGUUCCUCAAAAGGUAUUACGGUACUUCCCAUUGGGCCCAAGACUUCAAUGGCUUUACCUGUCAUGAUAUACAGCUGAGUCCAUGAUUUGGCAUGUUGAACAUAGACCGAAAAAUGAUGUUUUGAGACAACCGGCAGAUUCCAAGGCAUGGGAGCAACUUGAUAGUCACUAUUCCAAAAAGGCCUUCAGACGACGGAAUUGUUCUGUCGUCUGAAUGAACAAAAA